UUUCACGGCUCCAUCUACUGGUUACUUGGUAAUGCGUUUCCGUGUUGCAGCAUAGUAAAGUUUCACAACUUCGACUGUUUUCGUCUUGCAGAGCCCAGCUGUUGAGUGGACAGUUUUGAAUCUCCUUGACGUUAUGCCCACUAAAGUGGUAAUUCACUGCUUUAUUGUUCGAUCGUCCAUUUCCGCUAAAGCUUUCUUCAUUACAAAAUCCGCGUUUCGACUUCGACCUCUUGCGUGAUCGAGGAUCCUUGCCCUGAUGGUUCCAUAUUAGGCAUUUUAUAUCUUGGAUUUUUUUUCCAAACUGAUCUUUGAUAAGAGUAACAGCCUCGGCUUGGUUUGUGGAGCUGCUUGUUGUGAACUUUUCAUUUCCUCUGCCACUCUCUGGAACAGAAUGGCUGGAGACGGGUGCUGUCCUCUACUCUCGGUGACGCCAACUCGCUGUCUGGUCGAUGAGAAAUUCGAAGUGCUUGUCCAGGGUUUGUGCCCAGGUUCUCAAGUCACCCUGCACGCACUCACUCAAACAGAGGACGGCGACUACUGGGACGCUUUUGGUCACUAUGUCAGUGAUGCAACAGGAAGUGUGAAAGUUUCUGAACAUUGCAGUGUGGGAGGGUCUUAUGAGGGCAUUGAACCCAUGGGCUUGCUGUGGAGCAUGAAACCAGUGCCGGGAAGCCGAACAGGACUCAGGUUUCGCAAGAAAGAUGUCAGCAUCCCCAUUGAAGUUCACAUCUCUGUCUACAAAGGACACAUGACCGAGGGCUUUAAGGAGCAGACUCCUUUGGCAUCUGUUGUUGCAGAGAGAUGGUACAUAGCUCCUGGGAUCCAGAGAAUCAGUAUCACAGAGAAAGGAAUAAAAGGCACCCUCUUCCUACCUCCAGGUCCUGGACCUUUCCCUGCAGUGUUUGAUCUGUGGGGUGGAGCCGGAGGUUUGGUGGAGUAUCGCUCUGCACUGCUAGCAUCCCGAGGAUAUGUCUGUCUGACCUUGAAGUACGUUGGAUUAGUGAAAGAUGGCAAGGAACAUAACGUGGGGAAUGACUACUUUGAGGCUGCCUAUACUGUCCUCCAGGAGCACCCAAAGGUGUGCCCUGACAAAAUAGCUGUAAUGGGUCUCUCCUUUGGGGUGUCAGUAACACUUGGAAUGACUGUUUACUCUCCAGUGAUACAGCCUGCGUGUCUGGUUUGUGUGAGUGGGAGUCAUGUCAUGCCUGUUAAUGGAUGUCUGGCUGACGUCUUUGCAGCAAUUAAAAAAAAUGUCCGUAAUACUCGCUAUGAUGAGGAGCAGAGAAUCAUUUGGCGUGAUCUGCUACUGCCGAUACCAGAUGACCCCUCAAAAAAAGUUGAGGUGGGUCGGAUCAAGUGUCCUGUCAUGUUAAUUGUGGGUGAGGAUGAUCAGAACUGGCCAGCUACAGAGUCUGCAGAGGAUAUGAAACAGAUGAUGGAGAAAGCUGGGAACAGCCACCUAUUGACUAUUCUCUCCUAUCCCAAGACUGGGCACCUGAUAGAACCACCCUACAGUCCCCACUGUAGAGCCAGUAACUUUGUGAUGGCUGAGUCAAAGUCCAAAGUGGUGGCGCUGUGGGGAGGAGAGACUGUGCCACACUGCCUAGCUCAGGAAGACUCCUGGCAGAAAACGCUGGCCUUUCUGAAAAAACACCUUUAUUCCGACACCAGCAUGUGUAAAUUAUAACUCACCAAUCACCCGCAUCCUGGUAAAAAUAUUUUUGUGGAAGAACGAAUGAUUUGUUGUGAAAUGUAACACUGAAGUGGUUGGUCUGUAUGAUAUAAAACUGAAUUUUCAUGAAUUGUGUAACAUUAUGCCAAACAAGAUUUGAUCCACACCAGAGAAUUUUGACAAUAAUCAGGUGUAUUUUGAUUAUGCUGGAAUGCUUCAGAAAAAGACUUUGUUUAAAUAGAGAGAAUUGAUAAACUCCACUGAUGUUCUGUACAUCACCUCCAUGAGUGGUGCUGUCAUUGUUGUUGCCUUGUGUUCAAAAGUCUCGGCAGCUUAUUAAUGUAAGAAUCACAUGACACAUUCUGGAUUAUCAGCACUAUAAUUGUACUUGAAAAAAAAAGAAUUAAAAAUAUAAUUAUUGGAAAUUAUCAUCAAAACACAAAAUCCUAAAGAAAUUGCUUUUGAUGUUUCUUUUUAAGCCUGAAAAUUCUGAAGCCUUGUUGGUAAACUGACCAACCUCAGUUAUAUUACUUAUGAAGAUGAAUUGUCACUCCAAGCUUGUUUUUGGAGUCUCACAUCAGAUCUGUUUGGUGAUAAUAUUUCUUCAACUCUCCAUAAAUAUGGAACAUUUACUAUAGUAAAUUUAAAAUACGCAAAUCAGAAACACUACAGGAGGGAGGCAUCUGAACUUCCCAUGAAUAUGGUGAAGGUAUGGCUAUCUCUGGUCUGGCAUUGUUUACUCUCAAAACAACUAAUCAGUGUUCAUGUAUUUCUCUAUGGCAGAUUGUAGCAUAGAUUUAAUGAAAUCUCACUUAAUGAAGGUCACAUUUCUGUUCAGUUAAAAAAUGAUCUCUGAAAUUUGUAUUUACAAUAAAAGAUUUGAUGUCA